AUGUUCUGGCCAACUUUAAUGUGUAUAUCGUUGGUCGCUGGCUGCAGAAUGGGUAAAUUCGUCAAGCAGGAAGGUAUAGCCUUAGAGAAUCAUGUUAUAUCAGUAGUGACUGCCGAUCACCCUGUCAAGUGUAAACAGGAUUGCCUGGAUACGCCACUCUGUUUCUCCAUCAACGUGCAUGCGCAAACUCUACCAUCAGGUUGGGUCAAGUGUGAUCUAAACAAUUCUACACGAGCCGCUAACCCGGAGAAUUUAGUACAGCGGGCAGGGUACUGGUACCAUCAGAUGACGGUAAGUGUCAUUACGAUACAUAUGGGUUGGACAGCCCCAUGAUUGGGUUAUUGACCAUAGAGAUUUAUCCAGUGAAUAGUGCUAUCCACCUUUCAACAACCGGGGCAAAAGUAGCAACAAUUUUAAACGUGUAUUCGCCUUCCUUCAAAUUUCCUAUUGUUUUUUUUUCAUAUUUUUUUUCAAUUUGUCAAACUUAGGCGAGUUUUUCGGAAGUUGAAUCCUAUAGGGGGAAACGAGGUUUAGAAAGAAAAAGAAAAUUUGCUUUAAUUUAUAAUAUUACGAUUUCAUAAAGCAUUCCAUUACGAAGUUUCACAGGGCUUCACGGGUAUACAAAAAGUGAGAUGCACUUUCAAAGUUCACGUUUUGCUGAUUGAAACAUUUUUUGACGAUCUCAUGGUCGUCGUGUUUUUUUUUUGGCUUAAUAACUCCCUAUUUUGCCAUCGACAUCGACAUCAUCAUCAUUAUCAUGAUCUUAAAUAUCAACAAAAGCGUCAUAACAUUCAUGGUGUUCCGCACGUUUUAAGAAAAUGCACUUGAUAGGCGAUUAAAAGAAUUACUUAUUGCUUCUUUUGGCUUUAACCGUAGGAAGUUGAGCACUGUACGGCAGAUCGAUGCAUUUACAAAGAUGGUAAGACAUUAAGUUGGUUAAUUUUAGCAAAAUGUCAGGCUGCAAAUUGUUAAUAAAAAUUUUCAGCCUUUCCAGAUGGUUGGUUCCUCUUUGAUUCCAAAAAACUGAAGAUUUUUCUGGAGAGGAAGACCUGGGGAAGAGCAAGAAAAUACUGUCAGUCUAUUGGCGGAGACCUCUUGUCAAUUAACGACGUGGAAAAGAAUGAGUUUGUCUCGUUAUUGAUUGAAAAGCUGUUACCAAAUGCGUCUGCAGGUUAGAUUUAAGGCUUAACCCUUUAAACCCUAAGAUCAAAAUGAGAAUUCUCCUUUGUUGCCUCUAUUCAUUUCCUACAUAAGUAGUGGGGAGAAGUUGAAAAAAAAAUCAUCAGAUUUAUCUUGUGUGAUCAUGUCCGUAAUUCUCAUGACCACUCUGUUUUAGAAAGCGUUGAUAUUACAAGGAGAAAUUUAAUGCUGAUCACUCUUAGGGCUUAAAGGGUUAACAGUUUACUUUAUCAAAUCAUAUCAGAGCGGUUUGGAUCGACGUUAGUUUGCAUUACUGACCAAGCUUGUUUAAUUAAUUAAUUAUUUAUUUAUUUAUUUAAAUGAAUAAGACGAAGGUAGGCUCAAAUUAAGGAGCUUCCGUGUGCAUAAAAACGAUUAACCGACGCCCACUUUACCUACUAUUUCGGGGGAGAACGGUUAAUACUCCAAAUCGCUUCGAUUUUGUCGAUAAAAUAAUUUAUCUGCCCCCGCCAUUAGCAUUUUCUUGAUCGAUUAAAUGACCUCAAAUACCAGCCAGCUUGAAACAGUCAGACUGCGGAAUGGGUAUAAAACGUAAACUGGUCAUUAAAACGCGGAAAUCUUGCUCUCUAGCACAGCCAGCCGUUAUGCUUGUUGUUAUUGUUAAAGUUGCUUUUUGUUUGUGUGGUUGUUUCUUUGUUUUGCAAAGAAAUUAAGCAAGUUUACUCUGUUCAAAAACUCGAAUAAAAUUAAGGUAAAUCAAGUUUAAAACUGCACUUCCCGGUGGCUAAUAACCUUUGGUAAAAUGCAAAAAGUAUAAAAUGCACUUUUUUAAUUUUUCUACUAAAGGCUUUAAUUCAAGUGACAUUAUAGCACACUGGACACUGGAUGGAACUGAUUCUGACGUGAAGUGAGUGGAAUGUUUAUUUUUAACCUUUUCACCAUCAACAGAAAACAUUGACGUGAUAUGUAACACCUGAAAUAAACAACUGAAGGAAUGAAACACCAAGUUUCACAAAAGGCGAAUUCAGGGAAAUGUUUCUACGCCGUUGCUACAUACACCAGUUUAUAUAAAAUGAUCUGAAGUUUGGUACACAACCAAAAUGGAAUGUAACUAUAUUUCUGUAAAUUAAUCAAGUUUAUUUAAAAAACUCUAAAUUAUUUUUUCCAUUAUUUGGAGUAAAUGCUCGUCUCACCCUGUUGGUUUCCACCUUUUGUUAAAACAGUCUCAAGAACGGAUCAAUAUAUAAAGAAGAAGACGGUUUCCCAUCGAUGUACCUCAGUGGAUCGGGUGAAUAUGCAACAACCCCUGCGGUGAACUUUGGAAUUUCAAGUUUCACCAUCGCCAGCUGGGUCAAAAUGCCAAGCCCUGUUAGUGAUCCUUCGCCGCUUUUCUCCGAUUGGCAUGGAGACAUUAAAUUUCUCUUCUAUGCUCUCCGAUACGGCAAAGUGGGCUUUCUCGGUUAUGAUAAUCUUAAGAAAUACGAUCCUGAUCUGUUAGCAGGGUAAGGAUUAAACAACCACCUGGAGUUAUUUUGAGAGAAGGAAAAGAAAGGGAGAAAAAAAGAAAAGGAAUAAAUGAAUAGAAGAUGAAAACAAUCAUAUGAAGGAUCCAAAUUCUACUGUGCUUUUACGUUUUGGGACUGUAACGUAACCAUGUACUCACGCUGAAGUCACGUAUUGUUAAUGUGCCAACCAGGAGCACAUUGGCUCUUUAAACAAAAGAACUUAUUGUUUUACUUGUUGCAAAUUUGAAUAACAAAAACAAUGUUUCGGUAAACAGUGAUGUCUCUCAUAUUGUCCGCUAUGACACCAGAGCAAAAUCUUGACAGUCGCUUAACCAAACAAAAGCUGGGCGUAUUUGAUUGUUUUCGCUAGUGUUAUCAAAUUAUUAUAUUCUCGUUUAUUUCUGUUUAAGUUUUGUUUGUGUGCAAUCAUUUCAAAGUCAAACGAAAGUCGUUGCAUACGGAUAAGGACAGUAAGAACUUUUGAUAUUGCAGGUCACCCCCUGUAGAUAAAUGGUUCCACUUGGCGGUAGCCUGGGACCAAACAGUAAACGAAGCUUAUAUCCUGCUAAACGGUUCAAAAAUUGGAGUUGAACCUCAAACAGCGGGUACGCACUUGAGAGACAAUUCCCAUUCAUCCUACGACAUUGGCUUGAAGAGGGACGGUCCCACGUACAUGAGGGGAUAUAUCAGGGAUCUUAUGAUUAUCGGAAGAGCUGUUACUGUCGAGGAAAUUGCUAAUAUAACAGGUAAUUCUAAUACAUCCUUUAGUAGCUACCUUCACGAGGGACCCCUCCCAGAGGGAAGUCACAGAAAUUAGCAGAUCAGGAGCUUUCAUAAACGCUGCCAUCUAAUGUAUCAGCUAAUAUAGAUCCGCCCGUUUAUGCGACCCUUUUUUCAUCCGCAAAUAAAUUAACAAACCAUCAAACCAACGUUGAACAACAAAACAAUCUUGAUAGCGGCUACAUUUCAUGUUGUGGCAACAUUGAAACAACACAAAAAGUUUAAAACUUAAAAGUACACGACGUUUCAGUUGUCGGGAAACAAAGUUGAAGCUGCAUAAGUUUUUACGUAUAUGAAUUCACCUGUCAAAAUUUUGACCAAUCGGAGACUAGAUGAAGCGUGACGAAAAACUUUACCAAGCUAAAAGCACAUCCUUAAUUUAUUUUUUUAAAGUUUUUUUGUCGUCAGUCAAACAAACGAAAUUCAAGAUCUUAAAUUGAAAAUUCCAAUUGGCUGCGCCAAGGUGCACUGUUUGACGUUUCGUCAAGACAAGCGGAAGCUAAAUGUCUUGGAUUCCACGUCCCCUCCCUUGCAGAUUCAACUUAGACCCUCCCUACUAGAUCGUACGUACGCGGGCUUGUGCUGACGUCAUAACCAAAUUUCCUUGCAUCUAUAACUUUCCGUUUUUCUAUAGCAAUGGAGGCUCCGGUGUAAUUUUGCAAAAAGAAGUUAAUGCAUAGCAUUGGGCGUUACAUUUAGUCACCCUCUGCGUAGACUGCGAGCAGUCUCUCUUUUUCUUCAGAUUUAGUGACAAACGCAAAUGCCAAGGGCGUUUACUGUUUAGGGAAAUAAGUAGUUUUACGCCAGCUUUAUCCAUAAGAAGCCGGACUGUUUUUAGACGCGCAACUGACGUUUGCCGUUUGCCGUAUGCCGUAAACGUGAAUCUUAAUCUCUCUAUAAAAACGUGAUGCUAAAGGUCUCUAAUGUCUUGGAUUCCACGUCCCCUCCCUUGCAGAUUCAACUUUCCCUACUAGCUCGACGGACUACACAAAAAAGAGAGACUGCUCGUAGUCUACCCUCUGCGAGAGUAAUUGUCUAACUGAAUUUGUGCGGUCCUUUACAAUAAAAACUCAUUUUGGAUAGAUAUAUAUCCAGCUUCACAGUUUCUUUGCUAAAAUAUAGGUUACCAACUUUGUCUGUGUUUUCUUACGAAUUUUAUAAUAGCCCAUUUGUUAUUAAGAACCGGCGCUCACAUCCUUUGGACUACCGUUCGAUCAUUCUCCAUCUAUUACGGAAACUCCAUCUUCACUCGCCUUUCUGUAGCUUGGGACGUUGCUCUCAUCAAAUAAACGCUUGCUCGGUCAGGUAGAACUUAAAAACGUCGUAGAGAACGUCGCUGUCACAUAUGGAAGAUAUAUGUACUUCAAUCAGAAAAAGGAACAUCAUAUUCAUCUUAAAAUUUUUGUGCACGUGUUCACUUGAUAAAUACUCCAUUUUUUUUUUUGCCAGUGGUGAAAUUACGAGAGAUGCGAUCCAUGGCGCAUGACCGCACAUGUUUUGCCAAAUUCUAGCCGAGAAUAAAGUUGUACGUUUACGACAAGUUACGUUUUUGGUUCAAAAACUUUCUUUACACAAUCGGAAAACCACCCCUUAAUUGCCUCUUCCCCCGCCACCACUUUCACCAAUCAUGAUACCUCCGAACAAAUGAAGAAGUCAGCUCAAACGCGUUGGUCUUCAUAAUGUUUUAUUUACUUCGGCAGAUCCAAAUAACGAACCAUACGGUGGUGUUUGGAUCGGGUUAAAUGAUGUUGUCACGGAAGGAUCUUUCCAUUGGUCUGAUGGAAGUCAAUUGACCUACUCCAAGUGGGCUACCGGCCAACCAGACAACAAAAACAGUUACCAGAACUGUGUAGAAAUGGUGGUUCACGGAGGCAACUGGAUGGACACAAGUUGUGGAAGACAACUUCCAUUUAUUUGUCAGAAGGAUGUUCGACGACAGGAAUUUUAA